CAAUACGGCACCGGUAACAAACCGAACGUGUUUACUCUAAAAUGUCCUUGAGAAAGAAAGGGAUACAUCUACGGAAGUAAAUCAAAAUAAAUGAAACCAGUCACGUGGCACAACGCUACGAUUUCGUGCCUUGAUGAAAUGGCAUAAAUCUGAAAGAAUAAAUUAUAAAAUGUUUUAUCAAAUAUCGUUUUAAUUACGAAAAUUUGGAAUUAUGUUUCAACGUAAAUUAACAAAUAAGAAGUUCCGUUAAUUAAUGCCUAUUGGUUAAUGCGUACUACUCUGGUGGUUAUUGGUCAAAAUUAGCGCCAACUAUGAAUGAAAAGUAGAGCUGUUGGAGAAACUUGUUAUUGUAGCUGUGUGCAUUGCUUGUCGGAGUCGACGUAACGUACGUCUCUUCUAUUUUAACUUAUUUUUCGUUUCGUAAGCUUGAAAGAAUGUCUUCUAAAGUGCUUAAAUCCAUGAAUAAAAAUGGAUAUACCAAGAAUUUCGCUUCGAUGAAGGAAAAUAUGGAUGGUGCAUUACUGGAGAGAAAACCAAGAAUUUUGCAAGACAGUCAAAAGCAGAAUUUGCCACAUGUUUCAGAGGUGACAAAAACUAAGAAGCAAGUGAAACCAAUUACUUUAGAGUCAGAUGAACCACUGUUGCGAGAAAAUCCAAGACGCUUUGUCAUUUUUCCCAUUGAAUAUCCUGAUAUCUGGCAGAUGUACAAGAAAGCUGAAGCUUCAUUCUGGACGGUUGAAGAAGUUGACCUUUCAAAGGAUCUUUCUCAUUGGGAACUCUUGAAUGAUGAUGAAAAGCAUUUUAUUUCUCAUGUAUUAGCUUUCUUUGCUGCUAGUGAUGGCAUAGUAAAUGAAAAUUUGGUAGAUCGUUUUAGUCAAGAAGUUCAAGUAACCGAAGCACGCUGCUUCUAUGGCUUUCAGAUUGCAAUAGAAAAUGUUCAUUCAGAGAUGUACAGCCUGUUAAUUGAUACAUAUAUAUCGGAUCCUGAUGAAAGAGAUAAAUUAUUUAAUGCAAUAGAGACAUUACCCUGCGUCAAAAGAAAAGCUGACUGGGCAAUAAAUUGGAUAAAUGAUCUGACUUCCACAUUUGGAGAACGUGUUGUUGCAUUUGCGGCAGUCGAAGGAAUCUUCUUUUCUGGAUCGUUUGCAGCAAUUUUUUGGUUAAAAAAGAGGGGUCUUAUGCCUGGAUUAACAUUCAGUAAUGAAUUAAUCAGCAGAGAUGAAGGUCUUCAUUGUGAUUUUGCUUGUUUAAUGUUCAGUCACUUGAUAAAUAAACCUUCCAAGGAGCGAAUUAUCAAAAUAAUUAAAGAUGCGGUCAUGAUAGAACAAGAGUUUCUAACAGAAGCCCUUCCUGUUGCCUUAAUUGGAAUGAAUUGCAACCUCAUGAGACGCUACAUCGAAUUUGUGGCAGAUCGCCUUCUGGUUGAGUUGGGAUGUGGCAAGGUAUAUAAUGUUGAAAAUCCAUUCGAUUUCAUGGAGCACAUUUCUUUGGAAGGAAAGACAAAUUUUUUCGAAAAGAAAGUGGGAGAGUAUCAAAAGUGUGGAGUGAUGGCGAAAAAAGAAGAACAGUGCUUUACAGUUGAUGCAGAUUUUUAAAUUCCAGCUUUUUUAUUUUGCACACAUGUGUAUAUGUAUAUAAAUUAAAAAUAUUCCAGAGGAAUAUUUAUUUUGUAUAAACAUCACCUCUAAUAUUAUACAAAAAAAUAUAAUUUUAUGAAAAAAACUUGUGUUUUGAGAAUAAAACUUACAAAAAGAUUUUAAAUAAUUUUAGUUAUAUUAAGUUAAAGAAGUUGUAUGUGUAGUGACAUUAUACUUUUUUAUUGCUAAAUUAUAAUAAAAUAUUGUAUCAUAAUCAUACACAAACUGUACAAUCUAUUUCAAUAUAAAAUUCUAUAAAACAUUUGAACUACUCAAUUCCUCAUAGUGCAGUAGUCUCUACAGUUUGACACUCUGCAGGUUGGUAUGUGUGAAAUUUUCAUGUUAUCACUUGUCAAUGUAAGUGACAGAGAGAGAGAGAGAGACUGGUAUAAGUGUAUAGUCCAAGCAUGGCCAACAUACAGCUUGUAGACCAGAUCAGGCCUGUCUAAUGAGUUUAUGUGGCCUGCGAUUAAUCUUUCAAUAUUAGCUACUCAAGUCCGAAUAGCUCUACGAAAAAUUCUGACGCCUAAAAAAAAAAGGUCAACAACUCGCUGUGUGUUUAGAGUUAACACUCCAUUACAAAUGUCUUAAUUAAGCACAGCAUAAAUGAUAAUGUGAAAAAUGUAUCUGUAGUCUCUAUGGGGAGACACCACAAUGAGAUCUCACACCACCUCAAAAUCUUUCUAGGGCAGCCUCUGGUUCGGCCCAUGAAAAAAAAGUUUUCUUUCCAAUUCGGUUCGGGGGCAAAAACUGUUGGCCACCUCUGGUAUAGUCAGUCAGUCACUAGUUGUUUAUUGCAUAUGCAGUUGGCAAAACAGUCACAAUCAUGAUUAAUACAAUAAACUAAUCUGUGAACCAAGUGCUAUUUUUUUUUUUUUACUGUACUAUACAUAUAUAAUAUGUAAUUCCAGUAAUCUGACUGGGUGUCAGAUUGUCCAAUAUAUGUCAGAUUACUAAACAGAGACUACUAUACUCUGUAAAAGGACCACAAUACCAAUGGAGGUGGUUUUUCCUGCUUUUAGUUCUCAUAUCCAUUUUGGACUUUGUUAGUCCAACAAUUCAAGUUUUAUGUCCAUUUGGUUUUUUAUGGUUCAGUGUGAUUUCUACUUAUGUGGCAGACUUGUCAUCUAUAGUCAAUUUCUUCCCACACAUCCAGUGUAGCAUCUCUAGUUUCACUUGAGCAACUGCAGCAGUAAUUUGAAUUUGGAAUUGGGUCAU